AUUUUGGAUUUUAAUUUAAAUUUCACUUUAAAAUUAAUUAACUUUGCCUUAUAUGUGUGUUAUUAUUUAAAAUUAAAUCACUUUUUCACAUUAAAAUCUCUUUUUUUUUCGCGUUUGACAGCCCAAAUAAUUGAUUUAAUUUUAUUUUAAAUUAAAAAACAAUACAUUAAAAGUUGAAACACAAUCUAUUCCACACUGUUCUGCUGUUUCGUUUAGAAAUUACUAAUAAUUACUUACAAUUACACUAAUUAAUUACUAAUUAGUUUUUAUUUUAAUAAACCCGAAAAAAACUUUUGAAAAAAUAAUGAAGCCCAGAGGCGCUGGGUCUUCAGACCGCAAGAUCCGUCUAAAGACAUUGAACCCCUGCAUUACAUGCAUGUUGUGUAAGGGGUACAUGAUCGAAGCCACCACGAUCACCGAAUGCCUACAUACUUUCUGCAAGUCAUGCAUUGUAAAAUUUUUGGAGGAAAAUAAUACCUGCCCUAAAUGCGGUCUAGUAAUUCACCAAAGUCAUCCACUCAACUAUAUCAGCCAUGACAGGACCAUGCAUGAUAUAGUUUUCAAACUGGUGCCAAAUUUGAGAGAAGAUGAAAUAAGAAGGGAAGAUGAUUUCUACAAAAGCAAUGGUAUUCCAAACCCAAAAAUAUCCACUGAUGAAAAAGAAAACAGCACAUCUCCAGAAACCACGAACAGGCACAUCCCUGGAAACCAGGCAGCCCCCGGGGGAGAUGAUGAUGAUUACCAUCGAUCUGACGAACAAGUGAGUGUGUGCCUGGAUUGCUACCAGGGUCAAUUACAACAACUGAAACGCAAAUAUAUCAGGUGCUCAGUUCAGACCACAAUAACUCAUCUUAAAAAAUUUUUGGCUUUGAAACUCUUCAAUGACAUGUCAAAGUUUAGGGAGCUAGAGGUGAUGUGCCAGCAGGAGAUUCUAGGCAAGGACCACACGUUAAAAUUCAUCUGCAUGACAAGGUGGAGAAACAAGGACGCACCAUUGCAGCUCUAUUAUCGCCCAAAAUUAGAAUUAUGA